UCUCCCAGAAUGUUAGGUACACCUUGCCAGUGUUUAAGUCCAGCAGAGCAUUGCUCCAGUUUACAAUUGGAAGACAGAAAUUCAGCAAUGGAAACAUGGAUGCCUCCCCUUCUCCUGAAAGACCUGACAGCUUCCCAUUGACUUAUUCCAGGGCUGCCUAGUAGAACCCAUCCAUGCAAUGAGAAGCUGAACUGUUCCAAGACCUCCUUCAAAAAAUACAACCAUGUCUCAGCUUCAGUUGCUCCGGAGACCUUUGUCUCCAAAGAUGGAACCUGAACAAUAUAUUCCAAAGAAAAAAUGCACGAAAGGCGUUCGUGAAAAAGAGAAAGAACCCGAAAAAGUGCUUGAAGGUGUUGACAGCCAGCCUGAAAAAAGCCAGCCAAUUUCUUUGUGCUUUCCAGAUGAUGAUUUUGGUGCCCAGCUUCCAGGCCCUGUUAAGAGAGAUUUCGUUAUCCCUGUCUUUUUGACUGGUCCUCCUAGCUUCCCAAUGCAAAACCGUCGUGCCCCUAUGCGGUUACAGCAUCUUACGCUACACCCAUUUCACUUACCAUCAGAUUUUGUGGUGAGCGGUGUGACUAUGGUAACCUCUCCUCUCCGUUCUGUAAUCCAGAAAUCUGUCCCUAAAAAGCCAUUCAUUUCUCAUUAUAAUUGUGAAGUCUUCAGUAACCGGCUGAUUGCUAAACAGAUGAAAGGUCCAGAGAAAGUUUCCACCAUAUAUUUAAAACUGAGGGAGUCUGAUAGAACACUGGAAAGUCCAGAAAAAAGUCAAAGGAGCAAAAGAAGUCAAAAGAGAAUGUGGGAUGAAGAACAGAUCAUGCAUGAUGAGGAACUGAUCAUGUUGGAUAAGGAACAGAUCAUGCAAGAGAAGGAGCAGAUCAUGCAGGAUAAAGAACAGAUCAUGCUGGAUAUGGAAAGGGAAUUAAAAGAAGAAAUGGAUUUUAUUAAAUCAUUUGUCUCUGGAGCUGGAUACAAUACUGAAUUAAGUGCAAUAGAUAAGACUAAUGAAUUGCUAGAGAAGGCUGAAAUGGCAGUUCUGUUUUGCAUCAUGCAUAGAAAAACUGGACUUAGUCUUAAGGCACAUUUUCUCUCUCAGCUUCCUGACCUCUUGCCUUUGUCUGAUUUCUUGUUGUACCUAAACUUGUCAUAUAAUAAUUUGGAUUGCUUUCCAUUAGAGGUGAUUCAUCUGCAAUAUUUACAAGUGCUAAAGCUCCGAAAUAACCCCAUCAAAUCCAUCCCAGGGGAGAUCUCUGAUUUGAGGGAUCUUAAAUUCUUGACAAUGUCCUUCAACCUGCUCACUACUCUCCCAACAGAGCUAUUUACCCUGCCAAAUCUUCAGAGUCUUGAUGUUUCUUAUAACGAACUCGAAUAUAUCCCUAACGAAAUACAAAAUCUCAGAAGCCUUGUCUACCUGAACUUGGAAGGAAAUCUGCUUUACUCCUUGCCUUGUGGGAUUCUGAAACUUCAGUUGAAACACCUGCUGGUAGAAAACAACUUCUUGCAUGCCUGUUUCUGGACUGAGACUUUCCUGAUGCAACCUCAGUGCCUUAGGGACAUGGCUGCCUUGUGUUUCGUUAAGCACCAGCUGUGGAAAAUAUAUCAUCAUUUACCAGAGGAGAUUCAUGAAAUCAUAAGCAACUUUACAGGCUGUGACUGCUGCAUGGGACCCUUGUACGGAAAAGGCUUCCGUUUUAUCCUCAUUUAUAGGAAUGUUUACGGGCUAAGGCUUCCGUAUCAAUUUUCAGCUUGCUCACCCGACUGCUAUACAGCCUUUGUCAAGUCAGCUGUGCCAACCUGAUGGGUGUUAAUAUUUAGUCAAUUGAGAUUCAGGAGAAGUGAAUAACCAGUUGAAUAAAGCAAGCAAGCAGUGCUUUGGAUAUAGAAGUGUAUAUAUAUUUGGCAAUGUAAAUUUCUGGUGGGGGAGGGAUUAUUGUGACAUUCAAAGUUCAGUUAUUUAUAUAUCAUAUUUAGAAACUGCCGAUCUCCCUCCUGGGGUGACUCUGGGCCUUCUCUUGAUUACUAUGCCCAUCUGUAAGCAACAUUGUGAAAAUCCUAGCUCCAUUUCCAGCUUUUAAUUAAAAAUAAAAAAGAGAGUAACAUUAUUUUAAGUCUUUUAAUGUAAAUUAGUAUUCAGGAUUUGGGGAUCCUUUUUCUUAGCACAAAUCUACAAUGUCAUUUGACAGAUUGUAUAUAUGACUAAAGGGAUAAAUAUGUCUGUAUCUGAUAGGCAUAAUGCUACUUUUUACUGCUGUAUAUUCUGCCUUGUAAUAAAACAAAACACUAUGCACUGA